GAACGGUUGCAGUACAUCAAAAGGACAUCCGUUUGUUACACUUGAGUCCGGGGAGACCUCGGAAACCAAGGCGCCGUGGCCGCCCAAGGAAUGCUGAAAGAUCAAAAUAUCCUGGAAGAUUUAGCAGACCUGGACAGUUCCCUUCCAAGUCAUGUAACAGUAUACCUGCAGAGCAUCACAGUGUAUUUAGAAGGAAAGCUAGGCUAAAAGAGAGUUGGCGUUUUAGCAAUGUGAUUUAUGGCUUCUCUAAAGAAAUCAUUGUGGUCUUUAACAGCUGAUUCAGCAAUACACCAGUGAAGAUUUCAUGGAGUUGGUGGUUCCACAUCUUACAGCAUUUGUUACUGUGUUUGAAUUCCUACUUAUGAAGGUGAAAAAAGAUGACCCAGCAAAAGCGCUCUUUCCUGAUAUAUACAGGGAAUUUGAAGAACUGCAUGCUAUGGUGAUGAAAAUGUGCCAAGAGUAUUUCAGUAAUCCUGAGAUAAAGGAGCCUCUGGAAAUUAAAAACCCCAAGGUUGCUGAAUCAUUAGGAAUGAAUUGUGAUUUAUUUGGAGUGCAGAAUAUUCAAGUGGGCUCUUCCUCUGAACAUGUUAAAAUUGUUGGUGAGCACGUCUUUACAGAGGCUUCGGGACAGAAACGAGCAGCUGAGAGGUCAGAUGAAACGUUGCCACUUGCAAAAAGGAGUAGAGAGCAAAGCCUGCAGGAGAACAUGAAUGAUUACACGAGUCACCAUGGAAGGAAAGAAAUAAGUGCUACAAAUGAAGAAGAGAGCUCUGCAGCAAAUGGCUGCUGUAGAAGCAGACUGGCACAGGAACAACACGAAUCACUUCAAUUACAAGCUGCAAUGGAUUGCGAAAAUCCUGAUCUGCCCUGUCAGCCCAUGCAUGUGGGGCUUGAGAACCUGCAGCUUUCAAGAACUUUGGGACUGGAUGAUUGUCCAAGCUGCCUGUUCUCAUGUGAUGAAAUGCAACCAUCUGUCAAUGCAGAAGAUUUGCAAGAGAAACCCAUGGAUGCAAACUCCUCUUGGAAUACAGCAAGCAGACUGAGGGGUUCUGAAUUCUAUAACUCUCUUGCAUCUGAAGAAUCUAGUCGAAAUCCUGAUCUGUUAGUGCUUGAAGAAAACAAUUCUUGGGCCUGA